GCCCUUCACUCCAGCACACACAGAUCCGACGUCCAUCCGUGUUUCUGGUAGUCAUCAGCUUAGCAGCCUUCCAACAAAUCUUUGUUCCCUCACAAUCUGCCAACUACAACGAUGGCUACUACUACCAUGGCUGCUGCUAAGCUCGCCGCUGGCGCUAUUGUUGCCGCCUCCAGCCCAGCUCAGAGGACGACCCUCACGUCCUCCUUUGCAGGUGUGCGCAAGCAGUCCGCCACGGCUGCAUUUGGCGUCAGAUCCGCGGCUCGCACGGUCGCCUUCUUCAAGCUCGGCGGCGAGAGCGCCAAGAGCGCCGGCAUCUUCGCCAGCCAACUGCGCGACGACUACGACGCUGACGACGUCGCCCACUACUUCAACUAUUCGGGCAUGCUCGCGGCGGAGGGCACGUACGAGAAGAUGGAGAAGAUGCUGGAGACCGGCACGCACGCGUGCGACAUUCUGCUCAUGAUGGCCGCGUCGGAGGGCGACGUGCGGAAGAUCGAGGAGCUCGUGUACGCCGGCGCGCGCUGCGACGUGCCCGACUGGGAGGGACGGACGGCCCUGGACCGCGCGUGCAGCGAGGAGAUCCGGGAGAUGAUCCAAAAGGGCGCUGUCACUGAGGCGCUAUAGGCUGCUCGCCUGGGUUUAGGAUGGUGGCCUGAGCUGGCAGCUGGGUACGCUUUCCCCCUGAUGUAAAGUUAACCAAAAUACUUAGUUUGCUGAGUUCUGAAAUAAUGAAAUAAGAAAUUGUCACGUCUGGA